UUCGCACAUAACCUUUCAAAUUGAUUAUUACGCUUUUUUUAUAAAGCAAAUUUAAUCGAAAUGAUUGUGUUAAUUCAAGAAAUUAAAAGAAUUGAUGCGAAAAAAAAUCUCGUUACAACAAAAAUGUAUUAAAUAUGACGUUGUUGUAAACGUUGUAAACAUAACCUCAAUUCCCAAGAAAUUAUUUCUUUCCCUACGUUUCUUAUCGAAGCAAUCCCCCGAAAACGAUUCGCCCCAUUUUAUUUCGCUUUAAACCGGAUUUGCGAUUAAAACGGCGAAAUUAAAUUAAAUUUUUUAAAAAAAUUGCAACCCUUAACGUUUAAACGUCACCCCCUCCUGUAUAUGAGAAAACUUUGGGUCGAAUUAUCGAUUUGGAGGACUUCCGCAAAACGUAGGGGUCGUCGUCGUUGUGUUCCGGUGGCGCGCAUGUGUUCCAGUUAGCCCCAAAGUGACCCUAAGAGUGCGUCCCUUUCGAAAAAUCCUUUAAAAAAAAACACUUCAAAAUAACACUAAAAUCGCCUUUUAUCCCAAAUAAAAAGUUACUUAGUGAUACACUCGGUGAUUUUCGGGGUGUGGUGUUAAAUCUUGGUGGUUUGUGUCAAUUUUUUUUGUAAUUGACGCAACAUGGCCGAUUUAGUGUCCCCGCCUGGAAGUGAUAGAAACGAUUGUAAUAGUAAAAAAAUAAAUUAAUUUUGGUUUAAAUCGUAAAUAAAGAUACGAAAUGACGGAUUUUAAGGAAGCCACGUUCUUUAAACAGUUAAAAGCGAUGGUAUGGAGGAACUAUUUGUUAAAAAAGCGCGAAAAACGAAAAACAACCGCAGAAAUCGUUUUGCCCCUCUACACACUAAGCAUUUUAAUCCUACUUAAAUUGGUGAUCCCAAACCCGCAUUUCCCGUCGAUACAAACCCCGAGAGGCGAGGCAAACAUUUUCGAAUAUUUCCAAAACUUGCGUAACCACACGGUUGCCGUCGUUCCGAACACAACGGACGUUCAGAGAUUUUUGAACCUCGUUAACGAGCUGUGGCAAACGAUGCAUCAAGAUCCGGGAUCGUACCCGAUCGAUUGGAGUUUAUUUGCGACGAAACAAGAUUUGGUUACGAAUUAUUGGCAGGAUCCUCUAUCGAUACCGUUAGCGGUGAUUUUCGAGGAACCGGGGCCUCUCAAUGGGCAAUUAAUUUAUGAAAUUAAAAUUAACCCCGCCGUUUCGCAAAGCCCAUCAACUACGGAGUUAUUUACAUCACCCGCGAAUUGUAGACAAGUCGAGAGUCAUUGGUCGAAAUUACUUCCUAUUGAGUCUGGGGAAAGUUGUACGGUUAAUCAAUAUUAUUAUUCGGGAUUUGUUGCGUUACAAGCUUUAUUAGAUUAUACAAAAAUAAGGUAUGAUACCGGAAGAAACGACAUCCAUGUUCCUCACAUAUCCUUGGAAAUCAUGCCUAAAGCUGCUUAUACAGCCGAUUGGUUAUUGGCAGUUCGAAUUGUAAUCCCUUUAUACAUGGUUAUGGCCGUUUCGCAAUUUAUAACGUACCUUUUGAUUUUAAUCGUUGGGGAAAAAGAAAAAAAGAUUAAAGAGGGGAUGAAAAUUAUGGGAUUAAGAGAUUCAGCUUUUUGGUUAUCUUGGUUUGUAAUUUACGCAAUUUUCGUAACAAUACUCUCAGCUAUUUGCUGCUUUAUUUUGUACGGAUUGAAAGUGUUUGCGCACACUAAUCAUUGGCUGUUGUUUCUUUUAAUAACAUUGUAUUCUUAUACUAUAAUCAUGUUUGGAUUUAUGAUAACACCAUUUUUCGAUAAAUCAAGAACUGCCGGUGUUAUUGGAAGUUUCGCUGUAACAAUAAUGAGCUUUUUAUAUUACAUCCAAGUGUUUGUUGAUAAAUCCCAAACGUGCCUAUUUUGGCUGUUAUCAUUGAUCAGUUCGUCCGGAUUUGCCUUGGCAAUGGAUAAGGCUUUAGUUCAAGAUAUGGCCGGAAUCGGUUUAAAUUUGGACAAUAUGUGGUCUGGCCCUGGAAUUCCUUUCGGUGGAAGUUUAAUAAUGAUGAUCUUAGAUAUUUUUUUGUAUGCCUUACUAGCGUAUUACUUAGAUAGUAUAAUUCCAACCGAACACGGAACUCGCAGACCGGUUUUCUUUUUCUUGUCGAAAUCGUAUUGGUUCCCCAAGGAUAUAAGGAAAAAAAUUCCAACUGGAAUUUCCCACGAUGAGGAAAAUAACCCCGAUGUUGAAAUGGUUUCGUCAGAGAUGAAAGGAAAAGAAGCGAUUCGUAUUUCUGAUAUAGUUAAAGUUUUUAAAAGUUGCCGUAAACCCGAAUUAAGAGCAGUAAACGGAAUCAACCUAACAAUAUAUGAAGGCCAAAUAACGGCCAUUUUGGGCCACAACGGCGCUGGAAAAACCACCUUAAUCAACAUGUUAACCGGCCUAACUCAACCAACAUCCGGCACAGCCUUCAUUUUCGGCUACGACAUCCGCAACCAAAACGAUAUGGAUCAAAUCCGCCGGAUGACCGGAGUUUGCCCCCAACACGACAUCCUUUUUGAUAACUUAACAGUUCGGGAACACCUCGAUUUUUUCGCAUCAAUCAAAGGGAUCCCUUCGGCCAAACGAAAAUUAGAAAUCGCAAAAAUUCUCAAAGACAUCGAUUUGGGGGAUAAAGCCGAUGCCUUCUCGAAGUACUUAAGCGGGGGGCAAAAACGGAAAUUAUCGAUUGGUAUUGCGAUUAUUGGUGAUCCAAAAAUUAUUUUUCUCGAUGAACCCACCGCGGGGGUUGACCCCUACUCAAGGCGUCAUAUGUGGUCGGUUUUACAAAACAUCCGGCAUGGAAAAGUAAUCGUUUUAACAACCCAUUUUAUGGACGAAGCCGAUAUUUUAUCAGAAAGGAAAGCUGUCGUGUCAAAAGGACGAUUACGUUGUUGUGGAAGCUCGUUAUUUUUAAAAAAUAAAUUCGGAAUUGGGUACCAUUUAACUUUAGUACUCGGAAACGGGUAUCGAGAGGAUGGAAUCGUUGGGUUGGUAUCAAGUUUUGUGCCGAAAGCCGAAAAAGCGCGGAGACACGGAAAAGAACUUAGCUUUAUUCUACCUUACAACGAUGUCGAUAGUUUUGCAUCGUUAUUUUCUGCGAUUGAAGCUGAAAUAUCGAAACAAGGACGAUUCGAAAGUGGCGAUUCAAAAACGUUGGGAAUAACGAGUUAUGGAAUAUCAAUGACAACCUUAGAGGAAGUUUUUCUCCACUUAGAACGGAACGAAGAAGAAAACGACGAAACCGUCGAUGAUUUAUCGAAAAAAAUGGUGCGAGAUCGCGCUUUAAGUCGAAGUUUAAGCUUGCAAAGUAAAAGUACAAGUUAUCAUUCGUUACAAAAUGAGGGAACUAAUUCUUUGGAUCGGGAUAGGAUGCUAAAUGAUACUCAAAUAAAAGGAUUAGAACUUCAUUGCGAUGUGACCCCGAACUUCACCCAAACGUUAUCGGCUUUAAUUAAACUUCGAGUUUUACGCCUUUUACGCGAUUUUCGUAAAUUAUACAUCACAAUUGGAUUACCUCUUCUUAUUGCUGCGGUUGGGGUUAUUUUUUUGCCAAGAACGAUGCAAUCGCAUCACCCAAAAUCGAAUUCUUUGAUAUUAAACGGAUCAACUUACGGAUUUUUAACAACCUUCCUCGUUCAAAACCGCACGGAGAAAGAUUUAGAUUAUUUCGUGGCGCCGUUUAAGCAGGAAUUGGGGGCGGAAUCUCUAACGUUUUAUUCAGGAAACUUUUCGAGCUUAUUAGACGUCGCCCCGAAGAUGGCCGCGCUUAAUAUCACGGUGUUCGAUGACCCCGAAUUUAAUAUAACCGCCAUUUACAACGAUACCAUGCAGCACAGUUUACCAGUUUUGAUUAAUUUCAUUACAAACGCGCUGUAUAAGAUGCAAAGUUUCGACGAUGAUUGGAAACCGAUUGUUGUGAGUACUGAGCCGUUUCAAUUAACGACUCAACCACCGGGGGUUAAUUUCACAACGUUUGUGUUGGCGUGUUUUUUGGGGAUGUUGUUUGUUUUGGUUCCGAUUGGAUUGGCGAUCGAUAUCGUUUACGAUCGAGAGAUUAAAGCGAAAAAUCAGCUUCGAGUUAAUGGGUUAUCGCUUGGGAUGUAUUUUUUGACGUUUUUCUUUGUGCAAAUUGUGUUGAUGGUGUUGAUUAGUGCUGCUUUAUUGUUGAUUAUUCUCAUUGAGAAUGUUUCGUCACUACAACAAUGGCCUGCGUUAAUCGUUCUUGGGGGAUUAAUCAUUUUUUAUUGCAUCCCGGGGAUUUUAUUCAGCACCUGCUUAACUUAUAUGUUCGAUAAAACCGACUCGGCCCAAUCCAUCAUGCCAAACGCUGUCACUUGCAUUGGAUUAAUUCCAUUUAUCGUUGUUGGAAUGUUGGAUAUGCUUGGAAUAAGUAGAAGCGUAGUGAUGGCUCUACACACCGUUUUUUCUUUAUUAAACACGAUGUACAUCCCAUACGCAAUUUUUUACUACGUACAAAGAACCUACAUGAUUUGCGGAGUCCCAGAUAUUUGCAACACUUUAACAAUAUCGAAUUACAUGACCACGGAGAUUUACGUGAUUUUAAUCGGGAUAAUCGUUCAAAUCCCGAUUUAUUCAAUCAUUUUGGUCGUAAUUGACGUUUUAAAAAGCGGGGGUCACAUCUCGGAAGUGUUUAAAUGCUUCUUCAUAACCCCUGAUGAGUUAACAAACACCGAUGACGUAGACGUUGGGUUGAACGAAGACGCCGAUGUGAAAUCGGAACGAACCAAAGUCUCGAAUAUUUUAAAUACGGUGGUUGCGGAGCCUCCGGUAGUUCUUGUACAUAAUUUGCAUAAGGAAUACAAAAGAAAUUAUUCGUGUCGAAAACCCGACGAUGAAAAUAACCUAAUAAAAACGGCGAUUCAAAGUUUAUCUUUAGCGGUGGACGCCGGGGAAGUUUUUGGGUUAUUGGGGCAUAACGGGGCGGGGAAAACGACCACGAUGAAGAUUAUAAUCGCGGAGGAAGUCCCUACGAGAGGCCGCGUUCAAAUAGACGGCCACAACAUCCAACAAAACACCGAUAGGAUAUUUAAACUCCUAGGAUAUUGCCCCCAACACGACGCUUUAUGGAAAAAUAUAACCGUUAAGGAACACUUGGAAUGUUACGCUUCGAUUCGGGGGGUUCCAAAAAAAUUUAUCCCAACGAUGAUCGAUUUGUAUCUUACCGGCUUGCAAAUUAACGAGCACGCCGAUAAAAAGGCGCACCAAUGUUCUGGGGGAACUAAACGGAAGUUGUCUUAUGCCAUGGCUAUGAUCGGAAACCCCAAAGUCGUUUUAUUGGAUGAACCAAGCACCGGGAUGGAUCCGAAAAGUAAGCGGUUUUUAUGGGAUACGAUUUUGGCGAGUUUUCAAGGAAAAAGAGGUGCGAUUUUAACAACGCACUCAAUGGAAGAAGCCGACGCUUUAUGUUCGAGAGUUGGGAUAAUGGUAAAAGGAGAAUUGCGUUGUUUGGGGUCAACGCAACACCUAAAAAAUUUAUACGGAGCCGGAUACACCUUAGAGAUUAAAUUAAAAGCUUCAGAUUCAUCUCCUGGUCAAAAAGAUCGGUUACAAUCGGUGCAAAAUUUUGUGAAUAACCUUUUCGUCGAUGCGACCCUCGAGGAAAGUUUUGCGGACCGAUUGGUGUUUAGCGUGCCCCAAAAAAGCGUUAAAUCGCUCGCUAAGGCUUUUAUGGAAUUGGAGAGAGCUAAAAUGGAGUUUGAAAUCGAAGAGUACAGUUUUAGCCAAACCACUUUAGAACAGGUUUUUCUAAAAUUCGCCCAAUACGAUGAAGUGAACGAAGAGGAAUAAUUUUAAGUAAUAAAAUUAAUUAAAAUAAAAAUUUAUAUCGAUAUUUAUAAUUUUUUCUAGUCGAAAUUAUAGAAAUGUUGAAAUCU